AUGGCGCUGGCGGACGACCCCCCCGAGGUGUGGGUGGUGGACGUGGGGCGCGACCGCGAGGCCACCAAGGACGCGCUCGUCACGGCCGUCAAUGACGCCACGGCCGUCAUUUAUCGCGUGCUGCUGCGACUCGUCACCACUGGCGCCUCGCCGGUUGGCGCAGGGCAUGCAGCGGGAGGCGGAGCGGCGGGAGGAGUAGGCGAGGGUGAGAAGGGUGCAGUGGGUGAGGAAGAGCGGGACUCGCCGCAUGCGAUGCUGCUGCCGUACAAAGAGUUUGCAGAGAAGAUGGACGUGGCGGCGGACACGUUCGUGGCCCCCACGGACAAGCGCGAGAGGGCGCUGUGCCACGCCGUGCUGGCCGGGGAGGCCUCGCGCCUCUACAUUGGCCAGCGCAAGAAGCUGUUCAGCAAGAGUUCAAACCUACCGGCAUACUGUGCAAAGCACCUGCCAUACACAUGCGACAUCAUAGUGGUGCAGGCCGGCCGCAAGGUCAAGCACUUGCAGGGCGUGCUCUCCCCUGACACCCUCGCCCCUAGAGCCUCUGCUGCUGCUGCCGCCGCCGCUGCAUCUGCUGCUCCCGUUCCUGCGUCUGCUUCCGCUUCCGCUUCUGCCUCCCCCUCUGCGUCUGCAUCUCCUGCUGCUGCCAAGGCAGGAGGCGUGAGCGCGCUUCUGAGCCGCUCUGCAUCGUCCCGCUCUCCCUCCUGCAGCCCGCCUCUCUCCCCGUCCGCUUCGGGCCCCUCCCCCGCACAGCCGCGCAUGCAGAGAGGGAGGAGCCUGGGCCGCGGCACGCUAGGGGCAGGGCCUAGACUCGCAGAGGGGGAGGUGGGGGGGCUGGCGCAGGUGGAAGAAGGGCAUGAGGGGCGAGGGGCAGCAGGGGGGAGGGACGGGCGGGAAGGUAUGGCACAGCUGUUGAACGAGAGUAAUGUUCCUCACGGCAAGCAGGCAGCGCGUCUGGAUACCGCUGCUGCCUCUCCUGCUGCUGCUGCCGCUGCUGCUGCGGCAGCAGGCAUGGUGGUAGGUCCGUCAGCGGAUUCUGGGGCAGCAGCGGCAGCAGGGGCAGCAGGGGCAGCAGGGGCGUCAGGGGCAGGCGGCACAAGAGGGGUUCCGCCCCAGGCGUUGGACCUGAGGCACCUCGUGCUGGCGCGCAAAGAACUGGCCGCCCUGGCGUUUGCUCAGGCUGCCGCCACCACAGGGGGGGACGCUGGGGAGGCAGGGGGCGGGGGAGGGCGACGGGGAGGAGGAGGAGGAGGGGGAGGAGGAGGAGGGUCCAUCAUUGGAUGGGAGAGCCCGGGGCCUAGCGGGGGGCAGCAGCAGGGCUUCUCUUCUGCCACAAGCUCGGCAGUGAAUUCCCCACGGCUCAAGCGUGCUCUCUCUGCUAGUUACUCCUCUGCUGCCUCCUCUGGUCUCACCCCAGGCCUCACCCCCGGCACAGGCUCUCCCGCCAUGGGCUCUCCUGGCAUGGCCAUGGGAGUCUUUGGGUUUGCCUCUCCGUCUCCUGGCAGCAGCCUUCUGAAUAGCCCUUCUGUGGCGUCCCCGCUUGCGCGGGCUGUUGCUGCUGGCGGCUUUGCUGGUGUGCCUCCUGCCGGGUUUCACUGGGGCUUGCAGGUAGCACUGCAACAGCAGCAGCAGCAACAGUUGCAUCGGCUGAGCAAUGUGGGUGCUGCUGCUGCUGCUGCGGCUGGUGGAGAUGCAGCAGCAAUGGAAGGAGUGGAUGAGGAGUGGAGCAGUGGCAGGAGCAGCGGCAGGAGCAGUGUGGGGGCAGGGAUGGGUAGGGAGGAGUUGAGGUCGGUGGCUGGUGGUGACACAGGCGGUGUGCUUGGGGGAGAGGUGGGUCCUUUUGAGGUGCAGGGUGUGGGCGAGGGGCAAGGGGAGAAGGGUGGUAGUGCAGUUGACAGUGCACCCCCACCUGCCCUACAGCCACCUGCAGAACCACCCCUUGCUUCUGGAACAGCAGCAACAGCAGCAGCACCAACAGAAGCUGUUCCAAGCAUAGCAAGUGGAUCUCCCCUUCCUCCCACACCACCAGGCCACACAGCCGCGCACCUCCCCCCACACUCUCUCCCCCCGUCCGUCCCACCGCCACCACACCAGCCCCCGUUCCCGAUCCCCUUCUCCCCAUCCUUCCCUUUCGCCAUGCAGCACUCGCUCUCUCUCCCAGCGUCCGUGCCCACGUCCCUGCCAUCCAUGGGCGUGCCAGCCGGCGCGAGGGAGCGAGCAGAGGUGCAGGUACUACUGGUGGAGCUGGCACGCGUGCAGCAGCAGGCGCGGUCUGCACAGGAGGCAGCAGAGAGAGCGGAUCGCGAGGCGAGGGAGGCGAGGGAGGAGGCUCGGAGGGCUGCGGAGAGUGCUGCAGCGGAGGCGGAGAGGAGGAUGAAAGCUGAGAUGGAACGAGAGGUGGCGAAGAGGAAGGCGGAUGAGGAGUCGAAGCGGGCCGCAGCAGCAGAAGCAGAGGCAGAGCGCGUGCGGCACGAGGCAACCGAGCUGGCAGCAGCAGCGUCCGCCACUCUCGCCAAAGCACAGGAGCAAUACACACUCAGCCGACAAGUGCAGCAGCAGCAGCAGCUACAGCAGGAGUUCAGAGAGUAUAGCAUUGAGGAGCUGGCGCGUGCGUGCGACAUGUGGGACGAGGAGAACCUGGUGGGCGAGGGCGGGUACGGCACGGUGUAUCGCGGCAUGCUGGAGCACUGCCCUGUGGCCGUCAAGUGCCUCAAGACCGCCAACAGCAACCAGGCUCUGAAAGAGUUCAAGAAGGAGAUGGACGUGCAGAGGGGGCUGCGGCACCCGACGGUGGUGCUGCUGAUAGGGUGCUGCCACGACCCGCCGUGCCUGGUGUACGAGCUCAUGCCGCACGGCUCGCUGUACGACCGCCUCGUGUGCGACCAGGGCUCGCCCCCCCUGCCCUGGAACCAGCGCUUCAAUAUCUUUGAAGACACCUGCAAGGCUCUCAUUCACCUGCACAACCGCCACCCCGCCAUCGUGCAUCUGGACCUGAAGCCAGCCAACAUCCUCUUAGACGGCAACAUGCGGGCAAAACUCGGUGACGUAGGUCUAGCACGCUUCAUGGUGGGCAUGGACAGUGGCAAGAGCUUCAUACAGCAGUCCGUGGCCGUGGGCACGUUCGGCUACGUGGACCCGCACUUCCUGCGCACGGGCCAGUUCAGCCGCGAGUCCGACAUCUACUCCCUCGGCAUGGUUCUCCUCGACAUGCUCCGCGGGAUCGACACCUCUAAGAAACCCGCCGGAGGCGGAGGGGGAGGAGCAGGGGGAGCGGCGCGGCGGCACGUGGGGGACCGGAUGGCGGCGUUGGAGGGGCUGGAGGCGUGUGUGGCGGCGGGGGAUGUGGAGCGGCUGCAGGGGUUGCUGGAUCCGACGGCUGGCACGUGGCCGCCGGGGAUUGCGAUGCGGCUGGUGGAGAUCGCGCGGCGGUGCGCAGCGUUCAAGCGCAAGGAGCGGCCGGAGCUGUCGCGAGACGUGAUGGCGAUGCUGGCCGAGAUGAAACCCGCUGUCAUGCGCGCUGCCAAGCAGCAGAGGGACCUGGGUCUGCUCAAAGAUGACUCGUGGGGUGGCGGCGGAGGUGGUGGUGGUGGUGCUGGUGGGAUGGGGGUGCCUGGGCGAGGUGGGGGCGGUGCGGUGGGGAGUGCGACGACGCGGUCGGGCGCGCAGGUGCCUGAUGGGUUCCGAUGCCCCAUUACCAUGGAGCUGAUGCAGUGGCCAGUAAUAGCAGGGGACGGGCACACGUACGAGCGGGCAGCCAUGCAGCAGUGGCUACAGCAGCACUCCGUGUCCCCGCGCACGGGGCGGGCCUUACCGCACACGCACCUGCAGGACAACCUGCUCGUGCGCUCCCUCAUUGCUGACUGGGUUGCCUGCCAUGGCGGCCUGCUGCUCCGGUCGGAGGUGCUGGAGGAGGGCUGCUCAGAAGGCCCCUCGGAGGAAGGCGGUGACACAACGGGGUACGCGGAGGGCGAGGGGGACGAGGAGGGGGCGCAGGACUGGGCGUCCUAUGUGGAGGAGCUGGGGGAUGACCUCCUCCUGCAAGGCGCUGGCCUGCCGCUGGGUAUUCACAGUGAAGUGUGUGUCCCGGGCGAUGCCAGUAUGCCAGGAACAAACGGUGCGGAUGGGCUCCCUGCGGUUGGCGCGCCUGCAGCCCACAAGGCGCGCCGAUCGCAAUCACAAUCACAGCAACCCGUGAGUGCGCGCAAAACGGCAACACCCGGCAUGUCGGCGGCACCGGGGCACGCGCACACGCGGGUGACGACGGGCGAGGAGGGCGAGGAGCUAGACCCCAUGGUGGAGCAGUUACAGGACUGCAGCCGCCUUUACGUCCGCCUCGAGAACUGCCUUGUGGAGCACGACAGGGACUGGAGGAAAUGCCAGGAAGUCCAAUUCCCGAACGCCAUAAUGAGCAAUAGUAACUCCGGCGCCGGCGCUGGCGGCGCGACGAGCGUGGUGGAGGAGGUGGCGGGGCUGGACCGGCUGCUGACGCGGCUGGCGCUCACGGAAGACACGAAGCUCGAGAAGGUUCUCUCAAAGCUUCUCCCACUCGCCAUCUCCCGCCUCGCCUCGCCGCACGAGGCGUCGCGGAAGAAGGUGAUGGAGAUGCUGGCGCACAUCAACAAGCGCGUGCGGGGGGCGUCCGCCAUCCACCUGCCGCUCUCCGACCUCCUCGCGCUCUACUGCUCCGCCACAGCCACCACACCCGCCCCUUCCCCCUCCUCCACCUCCACCACCACUACCUCCGCACCCCUACUCCCUGCCCCACACCUCCUCACGGCGAGCUUCGCCCUGGUAUACACAGACAUGGCGUUUCAGCGCGCCACACCAGAGGAGCAGGCGGCAGCGGUGCCAGUGCUGCUACGGGGCAUUGCCUCGCGCGCAGCAGCGCACCAGGACAUGCUGCUGCGGUGCGCGCUGCAGGGCCUGCUGCGCUAUGGGUCGCCAAGAGGGGUGGGGUCGGGGCCUGAGGAACAGCAGCUCGCUGCUACCUUCUCCUGGCUCGUCUCUUCGCCUGCUGCUGCUGGGCCGAGCACUGCAGAUGCGGGUGCGAGUGUUGCUGGUGCUGGUGCAGCGGAAUUGACUAAGGUGGCAGCGGCAGGGGCUGUGUCAGAGGGAGGAGAGGCGGCUGGGGGCAAGGCAGAAGCAGCAGACGCAGCAGGUACAGGCGGGGGGGCAGCGGGGAAGGCUGCUGCUGCCGCUGCUGCUGCGAGUGCUGCCCCUAGUCCGGACAUGGCUGUGUGGCUGGAGUUUUGCCUGCAGGUGAUGCUGCUGCCGGCCUCUCUCUCCGCUGCUGCUGCUGCUGCGGCGAAUGCAGGGGCGGCACAGGGGCAGGGGGGAGCAGCAGUGGGGCUGGCGGCAGGGGGGAGAGGAGCGGCAGUGGGGGCAGGAGGUGCGGGGGCAGAGCUGAAUGCGGCAGGGCAGCAGGGCGGACCCGCGCAGCCUCCUCUCUCUGACCACCCUGGGCUGUCCCUCGCGCAGCUGCACCGUGUGCUUGGCCCCGCGCCUUCCUCCUCGGCCGCCUCCCCUGCAACCUCGGCUUCCCCUGCUGCGCUCAACCUCAUUCCGCCUGACGCUGUGGCUCAGAGGAAGGUGGCGGUGCUGAACUUCCUGGCAGCCGUCAAGGCGCCCGCCCAUGCGUGCUACCUGCUCUGGCUCGUUGCCGCCACUGACAGCAACGAGCGGGUGAACCGGCGGGGGGAGGAGCUGAUGAAGCGGCACGGGGGGGCAGUCGAGUUGGAAAGCGACAGGCUUGUAGCCGCCAUGAUGCGCCUUUACCAAGGCACCCCCGCCUCUGACCCCAAGCAGCCGCAGACAGCAGCAGCGGCAGUGCCAGCAGCGUCAGCAGCAGUGAAGCUGCGGCUGCUGGGGGCGUUUGUGCGCUCCAUUGCUGCCGCCAACGCGUUCCCAGGCACCCUGCACGUCAUUUUCGAUGCUAUCUAUGGCGUGGGGGCAUCAACGCGCAGCAAGCAGCUGGGCAUGGAGUUUGCCGUCUGGGUCUUCAAGCAUGCAAAGGAGGACCGGCUGCGGCCCUUGUCACCAGUCAUCCUCUCCUCGCUGCUCAAGCUGCUCUCGCAGUACGACGCUGCUGAGUCCCUGGACCCCCCAUCGCAGCAGCUGCAGGCAUUCACGUAUCGAGCCAUCGCUCAACUGGCAGAGCGCUGCCCCUUCCUUGUCAGGGGGGAUGCGAGCAUGUGUGAGCGCAUGUUGGUGGCACUGGAGGCAUGUGAGUCGCCAUCCCUGCGAGUGGUCAUGCAGGACGCACUACUCUCCCUCGCGUCCGCUUACAAGGGCUGUUCACCCAAGGUGUUGGAGUCCGUUGAGGGCCUGCUGCUCAAGCACUGCUCCUCUCCAGUGGAGGCGGUGCGGUACUGCACGCUGCAGUGGACCAUGCGCCUGCUCUCCCUCUCCUCUGCGCCCGCUUGCUUCCUCGCGCUGCUAGCUACAGCUGACAACAAAACCGAGAUCAAGGAGGCAGCCCAACGCUUCCUCUUCCCAGAAGCAGACACACGCACCAAAAAGCCCACCGCCGCCUCUUCCCCCUCUCCCCUCUCCACGCCCUCCCCAGCUUUCGCCUCCUCUUCCUCCUCCUCCUCCGCCUCUGCCGCCCCGCCCCCCUCUCUCUCAUCGCUGCUCGCGUUCAUAUGCAAGCAGAAGCCCAAGGCAGCUGCACCCGUGCCCCUGGAGGGGGAACAGACGCUGCUGCUACCUCCUGCUGCGUUUCUCUCCGCCAUUCGCUUCCUGCUGCUGUGCUGGCGCGAGGAGCGACGGGGAGGAGGGGCGAAGGGGGAGAGGGAGGGAGGGGCUGGGGAAGAGGGAGGAGGAAAGGGUGAGGUUGGUGGGAGCGGUGGUGGUGAGAAAGGGAAGGAGAAAGCAGAGGAGAAAGCAGAAGCGAGUGCAGAGGCGAAAGCAGAGGGGGGAGCGGAGGCGGGAUCAGUGGAGGAGCGGCUGUGUGUGUUUGUGGAGCAUGGGUUCGCACGUGAUGCCACGUGGGAGGUGCAUGCCGAGGCUGGCAGGGCGCUGCUGGAAAUAGUGGCCGCUCAUCCGCAGUUGGCUCUGCGCUUCACCGCGCGUCUUCCGUGGCUGCAGCGCUUCCUGUCGCACAACGACCCGUCAGUGCGAGCAGCCUUCGCCAAGCUCAUGGGCGUUGUGGCGCGGGGGUUGCCUGCCCCUGACGCCCACGCGCUGCUACUCAAGCUGCAGGGGGGCCUGGCAAAUGAGGGCGGGAAGGCGGGGAUCAAGGAGGAGGAGGCGCAGGGGCUGAUAGCAGCACUGGGCUACGUCACAGCCACAGCUGCCGACGCUGCAGGGCGAGCAUCAUCCGUGGAUCUGCUCCUCUCGCGCUUGCUCUCCCCCUCAUCAGCGCCCUCCACCCUGGCCCUCACCGCGCAAGCCCUGGGCCUCAUAGGCCUCACAGGCCCCCUUCCGCCCCCCUCCUCCUCCACCUCCUCCUCCUCUCUCAAGGAUGAAGCAGCACCUGAGGGUACUGCGAGUGGAGCGGUGGGAGAGGAGGGGAGUGGGGGAGAUGUGGGAAAGAGUGGUGAGGAUGGGGAGAAGGCAGCGAGUGGGGAGGAGGAGGGGCGGAAGAAGAGGAAGAGGGGGGAUGUGGUGGAGCAGCUGGCCUCGUUACUGUCACAUAGGGAUGACAAGGUGAUGCAGAGUGCGGCAGGGGCGCUGGGGAUGAUGAGCUAUGGCGACCCUCAGGGUGUGGCGGAUGCUGCUCUCACUGCUCUGCUCACUCUCGGUCGAUGCAAGAACGAGGCGACGUUGCUAGCAGCAGGUGAGGCGCUGGCGUUCGUGUGGGGUCCGGUGGACUGCCCUCCCUUCCGCCCCACCCUGCUGCUCUCCGGCCCUCACUCCUCCCUCGCUCCCAUCUUCAACGACGCUGAUGACGCUGCUGCCGCCGCGCUACAGGACAAGGCGCGCCGCCCUAAGCGGGAAGCAGAUGUGCAGAUGGGUGAUGCGAGUGGUGAGGCAGGAAAGGAGGAGACGGCAGGUGGGCAGGGUGGAACAGGAGCAACAGCAGGAGCAGGAGCAGGAGAAGAGAUGGAAAGAGAGAAAGAAGGGCAGGCUGUGGCUGAUGUGGUGAUGGGGGAAGGGGGGCAGGAGACCUCAGCGGGCGAGGGGAGGAAGGAGGGAGAGGGGAGCGAGAGGGUGUGGGGAGGAGAGGCGAUGGAGGCGAGGUGGGAGAGCAUGAGGAAGGUGCUGGUGGAGGAGCUGCUGGUGAGCACCCGCAGUGAGGAGCGCUGUGCGGGGGCCGUGUGGCUCAUGUCGCUGCUCUCCUUCUGCGGCCACCACGCCUCCAUGCAACGCCUGCUGCCGCAGCUCCAGGACGCGUUCAGUGCACUGCUGGGCGACUCCAACGAGCUGACCCAGGAGAUGGCGUCCCGUGCCAUGUCUCGCAUCUACACACUGGGCGAUGCACACACCAAGCAGCUGCUCGUUGCUGCUCUUGUCGCUAACCUCACUGGCGCUGCCGGGCAGAAGCGCAGCGGGAAGCUACUGGGCGACACAGAGGUAUUCACAGAGGACUCAGUCGCACGCAACACCUCCUCCUCCUCCAUGCGAGCAGGGGCGGCGGGCAGCAGCAGCAGCGCGGCGAGCUCAGCAGGGCGGGCGCAGAGCAGCGUGGGCGUGAGCACGUACCGCGAGCUGUGCAGUGUGGCGACGGACAUGGGACAGCCCGACCUCAUCUACCGCCUCAUGGACAUCGCCAACCACCAUGCGGCCCUGAACUCCAACCGAGGAGCCGCCUUCAGCUUUGCAGCAGUGGCAGCAGAAGCCGGUGCAGCACUAGAGCCGCACCUGCCGGCACUCGUCCCGCGGCUGCUGCGCAUGAUGUACGACCCCAACCGCCCCCUCGCAGAGGCUGCAGGGCACAUCUGGCGCGCGCUGGUGCGCGACCCCAAGGCCACGGUGGACCGGCACUUCUAUGAGAUUGUGAAUGACCUGAUGGGGAAUGUCACGGGGCGGCUGUGGCGCAACAGAGAGGCUGCGUGCCUUGCGCUUGCUGACCUGCUGCCUUCGAGACGGUUUGCAGAGGUUUCCAGUCAUUUGGAGCGGGUGUGGGUGGUGUCAUUCCGUGCAUGCGACGACAUCAAGGACAGCGUGCGCGUGGCAGGAGAAAAGCUGUGCCGCGCCGCCACAUCGCUCACCGUGCGCCUGUGCGACCCCACGCUCACUCCACGCGCCGACGCACACGCAGCGUGCAGCGUGGUGCUGCCCGUGCUGCUGGCGCAGGGCAUGACCUCGUCCGUGGGCUCUGUGCGCCACCUCGCCCUCUCCACCACUGCCAAGCUCGCCAAGGGAGCGGGAGCAUCGGUGCAGCCGCAUCUGGCAGCGCUGGUGCCGGCCAUGCUGGAAGCGCUCUCAGGCCUGGAGGACCAGAACCUCAAUUACGCUGAGCAACACGCGGAGAGGGUGGGCAUCAGCAGUGAGAAGCUGGAGGCGGCACGGCUGGCCAUGUCACGAGACACGCCCAUGUGGCACACACUCGAUGCGUGCCUGCAACAGGUGGACGAGUCCUGUCUGCCUGACCUCCUACCUACACUCAAGUCCCUCACGCGCUCCUCUGUGGGCCUCAACACCAGAGUGGGUGUGGCUCGCUUCAUCUCGCUCCUCAUCCCGCGCGCCGGCCCCACACCCAUGCGCCCGCACGCCCCCGCCUUCCUCAAGUCCCUCACCCUCGCUCUCUUCUCCGAACGCACCUCCGCGGGCCGAAGAGCCUUCUCAGCAGCAGCAGCCGACAUGGCCAAAUGCGCAGGGGGUGCUGCAGUGGAGAAAACAGUGGGGGAGACGUGUGGGAAGUACCUGGGGGAGGAGGCAGCAGGGCAAAAGGACGUGCGGCUGUGCUGUGCGCUGCUGAUGCGGGAUGUGGGGAAGGCGUGUCCGGACGAUAUGCCACCGUGCCACCACGUGUUGCUGCCCACGCUGCUCCUUGGACGGCACGAUGAGGACGAGGCAGUGCGGGCGGUGUGGGAGGAGGCGUGGGACAACGUGGGAGUGGCGGCGUCGGCAGCAGUGAGGGAACACGCAGGGGACAUUGCUCCCACGCUCACCGCUGCCGCCUCUUCCUCCUCCUGGACCCGCCGCUGCCAGGCAGCAGCAGCCAUGCAGGCAGUGGUGAAGGCCAUGGGCACAGACACCCCCCACACCGUCCUGCUGCAGUUCCUCUCCGCCCUGCUGCCACAGCUGCCAGGCCGCUUGUGGGAGGGCAAGGAGCAGCUGCUGCCAGCCAUUGCGGCCAUCUGCACUGCAUGCCCCUCCGCUCUGCUCUCACUCUCACUACAACCGUCAGCAGCCACACAGGGAGCACCAGCAGCAGCAGCAGAGGCAGGGAAAUCAGCAGCAGCAGAUGUGGUGGCAGCAGUGCUGGCAGCCUGCGGGCGCAACAAGGCAGCGUUCAGACUGGCAGCUCUGCAGAGCCUGCACAAGGUCUUGCAGGCUUUCUCGCCCACACCUCCUCCGAAGCAGCAGUUGUCGAAACCAUCUGCAUCACCAGCACCAGCAGCAGCAGCAGCAUCAGCUCCAGCAUUGGACCUGCUACCUCUGGUGGCACCAGGCUUGAUUGCGCUCUUUCCACCCGCAUCUCCCGCCACUGCACUUGCUGAUGCUUCAAAAACUGCAUCUGCUGCAGAGCCAACAGCAGAAGCGCGGGCAACAACAGCAGAGCAGCAGGAGGCGCUGCUAGCAUGUGUCUCUGCAGCUCUCCCCUCCGCAACACCCACCUCCCUGCCGCUAUACACAGCACCCCUGCAAUCAGCCCUCUGCGCCCUGCUCUCCUCCAAUCCCGUCUGGACAGUCAAGCUAGCAGCACUCAAUACGAGCGCCACGUUCCUAACUGCUCUUCUUAAGUUACCCUCGGACGCACAUGUGCAGGCUGCUGUGCACAACACGGUGGCCCCCUUCCUCCCCAGCUUCAUCGAUGCUCUAUCUGACACCAAGCGCUCCCAGACCCGUCAAGCAGCCGUGGAGGCAGUGCAGGCAGCCACAGUGUGCCUGCAGCACCACAGCGCCCUUGAGCCUGCGGACCGGGAUUCCUUCACUGCUGCUCUGCGCGAUGCUGUGAAGGUGGAGAAGAGUGAGGCUGUCAAGAUGGCUGCUGAGAAAUGCCUGGAGUUUUCCGCCAUCCCCUCGUCGCUCGCCAAAGAAUGGAUGAGCGCAGCACAGGUGGCGGUCGACGUCCUCGCUCCAGACUACAUCGAUUUCACCAUCGAGCCCAUCAUUGUCGAAACGGACUGUAACGCGGACAGCGCGCGUGUGGCCGCCAAGUCGCUGGUGGAGCGCGGAGUGGUGGGCGUGGUGGGACCCGCGUGCAGCGAAGCGGUGGUGGGCGCGGACGAGGUGUUCCGCCGCCAGGGGAUCCCCUUCGUGUCCUUCGCCGCUACCGCCGACGUCUUCCGCCAAGGCGUGCAGUUCUACUCCUUCUUCCGCACCGUGUUCGGCGAUCGCCACCAAUCAGCGGCCAUUCGCAACGUGGUGCAGCACUUCGGGUGGAAGAAGCUGUACGUGUUCUACUCGGACGACACGUACGGCCGCGCGCUGGGCUACGACGUGUCCGUGGAGCAGGACGCGGGGGUCGCCACGCACCUCAUCCGCGUGCCCUACCCGCCGCCCGCCGAUUGCUCCGCCCUGUUCGCCGCGCCGGACGGGAACGGCGGGUUGCUUCAGGGCGGGGAGGAUACGGCGGUGGUGAUGGCGGUGCUGCCUGCUGUGGCGGAGUGCCUGUGGAAGGCCGCUGAUAAGCUGAACUUACUGCAGUACCCCUGGUGGUACGUGGGCACGGACGGCGUGGUGGCGCUCGACUUCUCCGACGCCGCCCCCAGUUCCCCCGAGGGCGCGCUCGCCGCCAAGCUCCGCGGCGAGCUGGGCGUGGCGCCAUUCGUGGGCGACUUCGCGGAGGACAACACGUUUCAGCGCUUCCUGGACUACUGGAGCGCGCAGUCGUUUGACAAGUUCCCGGGGCUCAUCACCAUGCCCGUGACCCCGCGCCUGCGCUACCCGCGCGCGUACGUGCCGUACCUGAUCGACACGGUGUGGGCGUUCUACGAGGGCAUCAACCACAUCAUCGUCAACCAGCGCAAGAAUGUGACGGCCGGGUCCCUGCGGCGGUGCUUCAACAAUGAGCCGGCGGGGUGCGUGGCAUUCUACGGGGUGACGGGGCAGAUGGCGUUCAACGGCAGCACGGGCGAGCGCGCCAAGGACCGCGUGCGCCCCGCCUACUCGGUGCAGCAGCUCGCCAACGCCACGUGGCACGAGGUGGCGGACUGGUCUCUCGCGCGUGGGGGAGAUCGGUUGCAGUUUAGUGCGGAGAGCGUGCCGCAGCCGGGACAGGCCCCCAGCGGGUUGAGUGGCGGCGCGAUUGCACUGAUAGUCCUCGCAGUGCUGGCGGUGCUGGGCGGCGUGGCAGCGUAUGUGGGGAGAAUGAUGUGGGACAAGCGGCGGCACAUCCACCACAUGGGCUCAUCUUUCAACGCACAGCCGCUCGCCAUGGCUGACGAGAUGCAGAUGGAGCGGGGCAAGGUGCGCCUCAUAUAG